AAGCAUUCAAAAUAUUCUUUGACACGUCAGGUUUUUAAUUACAAAUUCUGGCAUUUCCCAAAAUAUUCAUUGUUAAUAAAGAUUUUGGAAACAAAACAUCAACUUUAAUACGCUCUUAUCGAAAUAAUAAAUCAAUUAUGAGACUGAAAAAAUUUUUGCUAAUAUCCGCCGUUGUUAUAGUGCUAGCUCAUUUUGUAAUAGCACUACCGGUGACAAAAAAUAAAAAGGAAGAAAUGGAAGAAGCACCAAAGCCUGCUGAGCCUCAGGAUGUGGAAACAGCUUUGGAAUAUGAGAGAUAUUUAAAAGAAGUUGUAGAGGCUCUGGAAAGCGAUCCCGAUUUUCGAAAAAAAUUAGAUAAAGCACCUGAAGCUGACAUACGUAAUGGGAAAAUUGCACAAGAACUUGAGUAUGUGAAUCAUCACGUGCGUUCCAAGUUAGAUGAAAUCAAACGUCGUGAAGUCGAACGUUUGCGAAAAUUGGUCAAUCAAGAGUAUGAGUUAGAAAAUGAAAUUGAUCGAGAUCAUCUCAAAAUUCCACAACAUAUAGACCAUCACAACGAGCACACUUUCGAAAUUGAGGAUCUUAAGAAAUUGAUUAAAAAGACUUCAGAAGAUUUAGCUGAAGCUGAUAAAAAACGACGUGCUGAAUUUAAAGAAUAUGAAAUGCAAAAAGAAUUCGAGAAAGAAACUAAAUUGAAGGAAAUGCCUGAAGAAGAACGAAAAAAAUUUGAACAUGAGGAAAAAGAAAAGGAAGAAAAACACAAGAAACACGAAAAAGUUCAUCAUCCAGGCAAUAAAGCGCAACUAGAAGAUGUCUGGGAAAAACAGGAUCAAAUGGAUAAAAAAGAUUUUGAUCCACACUCAUUCUUCAUGAUGCAUGACGUCGACGGUAACGGCUACUGGGAUGAGAUUGAAGUAAAAGCACUUUUCAUUAAGGAACUAGACAAAGUAUACCAAUCCGGUUUGCCUGAGGACGAUAUGCGUGAACGUGCCGAAGAAAUGGAACGUAUGCGUGAACAUGUUUUCGAAGAAUCAGAUACCAAUCGUGAUGGUCUAAUUAGCUACCAAGAGUUUUUGGAUCAAACCAAAAGGGAUGAAUGGAAUAAAGAUCCCGAAUGGGAGACUGUUGACGAAAAACCACAGUACACACAUGAAGAGUACUUAGAGUUUGAAAAAAGACGACAAGAGGAAAUUCAACGUAUGAUUGCACAAGGAUUGUUGCCACCACAUCCCAACAUGCCACAAGGCUAUUACCCUAAUGGUGCACAUGAUACUUAUCAGGUUGGUGGACAGCAGCAGGUACCAAUUGGUCAACAACAGAUGCACUAUCAGCAACCACAACAACAACACAUACAACAACAACAGCAAUAUGCACAGCAACAACAACAAUAUCAACAGCAGCAGCAACAAUUCCACGGUCAACCUGUUCAAUUGCAUCCAAAUCAAGCUUAUCAAACGGUUAAUGGACAUCAGGAAUAUCAGCAAGCGCCCCAACAGCAACAAUACCAGCAGAUGCCACAGCAACAAUACCAGCAGAUGCCACAGCAACAAUAUCAGCAGAUGCCACAGCAACAGCAAUAUCAACAGGUGCCACUACAACAACAAGUGCCACAGCAGCAGCAGCAGCAACAACAUCAACAACCACAGCAGCCGAUACAAAGUCAACAACCACAACAGCCAAUUCAAAGUCAGCAACCACAACAGCCAAAUCAAAAUCAACCACAACAGCCAAUUCAAACUCAACAACAACCACCACAAGCAGCACCAGCACCAGCACCCGCACCGGUACAACAGCCACAACAACAGCAACAAACUUAUGAAGAUCACACAAAUAUCAUAAAACGUUCAGUUCAUGUCUAACAACAAAACAUUCCACCAAACUACUAAACUGACACGUCUUCAAGUCUAACUAACGCAAGCACAUUAACUUUGAACAGUUGCUGCUAUUGUUUAUUCAACAAACAGUCAUUGCGAUCAAUAAGAAAUGUCCUCAUUUCAUAACAACCGAUUUAAUAAUGACGUGUACUACAACUACACAUAUACACAUUUACUAAAUAACAGUCUAUUUAUAUAAAUACGGGGUCUCCACACUAUUGUGUAUUUAUAAUUCCAUUUUAUUCUAUUGUAAUUUAUUAUGCUUCUGUACGUACGAAGUAAAUGUGGCAUUUUGUAUACCAACUGAUUAUUGUCUGUUCAAUGAAAUCGAAUUUUCCGCACUCAAACUGUAACCGUAAACGAUAGAAACAGAAAAUCUUUUAUACAUCGCAAUAAAAAAGAGAGUUAUGAACUUUUCUUUAUGAAAAUA